UUCAUCCAUCUUUCUAUCAAAGAGCUUCAUUGUAAGAAAGAGUCAGUGAUCACAAAAUGCAGGCUGCUUCCUACAUUACACCACAAUCAAGAAUCCCUUCUAUGACUUUUUCACCAACCGUAUCCAGUUUUGCCUCUCUAAGGAACCAUUAUCAUGUUCUAUGUGUCCCAAAAUUGGCUAUAGUGAAGACUCCCAAUUGUCUUCCCCUUAAAGGAGCAGCAACAAAUGACACCUCAACAGUUGAUUACAACUCCAUCACCUCUGUUUUUCCAGCUGAGGCCUGUGAGGUAACGGGAGGAGAUGCAUGUAAUGUUGAAAUGUACCCUGAAGCGAAGCUUAAACCUGAAGGCAGGGACAUCAAGGCCACAACUAGGGAGCUUGUGGAUAGAGAGUACCUUGAUUACAAUGAUCCCAAAACGGUGUUCAUAGAAGAGGCUUGUGAUGAUCUUGGAGGAGAGUUUUGUGAACCUCAAUACAAGUCAGGAUUGUAAGUGGAACCCCCCAACUAGGAGGAGUUGAAGUAGAAGAAGUUGAAGACGAGGAUUAUAAAUCUGUGUUUUCGUUAACUACCUAAGAAGUCAUUAGUUUUUGUUUCUUCACCUUACAUUAAUAAACUCAAUAUUAUGGUAGCAGAAGCCCAUCAACAACUAGGCCCAAGCGUGACAUUAAAUGGCCCUCCAAAUAUAAAGACUAUAUUUAAAGCUGAUCCAAAAAGAGAGAGAAUUUUUAUUGUUUUUUAUUAAUGAAUGAAAUCAAAGCUCCAAUUGUUUAGGAGCCUAUCGUAUGGGCCUGAGGCCAACAGUAUUAAAUAGGUUGUAAUUGCAAGAAAGAGGGGGAGAAAAAUUGGCAGUUGCCUAAAUUUUGUUUGUUUUC